AAGUCCAGACCUACACCCAUCUUGCUAUGUCGUCGUCUCUUAAAAUCUGGCCGCAUUUACUUGUUUCAUCUGAAUUUUGCAGUUUGAUUUAAUGAUUUUUAAUGACUUGUUUACCCCCACCACAACCACCAUCAUUUCCACCGCUAUCGCCAUUUUAUUUCAUAAAACUCUUACUCACUCCCCAGCCGCCCCGCCCGUCAUGUCAAUGCCACCUCCUCCUCCCUAUCUCUAUGUUACUGGAAGUUAUAUUAACACCAACACUCAUCACUCUCAUUCUUUUGAUAAAUUCAAACCAAGUUUUAUCGUUAUCCUUUUAAUCCUAGCCAUUACUUUACUUAGUUCUAUCUCUCUUUGUUUCCUUCUUCGUCAUCUCAAUCGUCGCUGUCUCCGCCAUCUCUCCACCGUUACUACUGUCUCUACUAAUGCUGACUCUCGCCGUGUUUCACCGGAAAAUCCUUCCUUAUCUAUCCUUGACUCGCUUCCGCUCUUCACCUUCUCCUCCGUCACUCGUCCUUCCUCUUCCGGAGGAGAUUGUGCUGUUUGUUUGUCAAAGUUUGAGCCACAGGAUCAGCUUCGUCUCCUUCCUCUUUGCUGCCAUGCGUUUCAUGCUCUAUGCAUUGACAUCUGGCUUAAGUCCAACCAAACUUGUCCUCUAUGCCGAUCGCCGAUCCAUUCCUCUGAAUCUGAUGUUUUGAAAGGUAUACAGGCUUCUUCUGCAGCGGUUGGGGAUACUGAUAGUUUCCGUCUUGAGAUUGGCUCAAUCAGCCGCCGCCAAGCCGUUCCAGAAUCAGGUGAGCUACAACCAAGAUCGUACUCUCUUGGUUCAUUUGAUUACAUCGUUGAGGGGGAUUACGAUAUCACGAUGGACCGAACAUAUCAGAGAAGUAUUUCUGAUAAAGAGGACACUGCUUUUGUAGCAGACUCAGUUUCACCUACUUCAGAGGCCAAUCUAGCAUCCGAAGUAGCCGUGGGAAGGAGCUGGCUCAAGGACUACGUUGAUAGGCUAUCUUUUUCCCUUUCAUCACGAACGUUAUCGUUCAGGAGCUCUGGAAGGUUCUAUACCGGAAGCAGUCGCCGGACGGAUGUGGCCGGUGUUGGAGAUUCUGACUUGGAAGCCAAUCGUGCGGGGGAAGAAAUCAGCGAACUGUUUCGUUGGUUGUCAGGGGUAUGAAUGUAAAUAUGCGUGUUGUUUAGGUGCAUUUCUAAUUUUGCCUUGUUCACUCUGGCUAGGGUCAGUCUGUUGUUAAGUUUUUUGCGGCGUCCACUCCAUUACACAAGCAAACCAUUCGCCAGCAUCAUGAAUGGUGUGGGUGUGGAUACAGCAAGCAAAGUCAAAAUGGUUGUCUGUUUGUCAAACAGAUCACUUAUUUGAACCAUUAAUUCACAUGUAUGUUGAGCCAUUAGUAGCGUUUUCAAAGGUUCUGGUGCCACCAAAGUUGGAAGCAAACACUUGUGUAAAAUCAUCUUCUAGUGUGCACUGCAGAUGCAGUUCCCCUUUCAUAAUUCAACAUAUUGCAAGGCCAUGCACCCGAGAGCAGGACUGUCGUUUAGUUGUGGCGUGGGAGAUGUUGGAUUUCUGUUAAUGAUGUCAACAAGCUCAUUUGCAGUGUUUUCUGCAGAUUAAACAACAUUCAACAAGACAACAAUUUCUUUAGUCCAAUAUAUUAGCUCUUGUUUUUUCCUUUAACCAUACAUAAUCAGAGCAUUCUCUCAACUAAAUAUGAUUCAAGAAAAUUGAUGUAACAAGCCUUAUUUGGCUUUCAUGC